AUUUAUGGGCAACGGGUUAGUCACCAUACGUGACUAUGAUACUUGGAAACCAAGACGAAAGAUCUACGAUCAGCCGUUCAAUAAGAGCUACCUGAAGAGCUUCUCCCUUCUUUCAAUGAGUGCACUGACAAAUUGUUGGAGGCCAUACGACCUCUGGCUGAUGGGAAAACAACAGUUCCCAUGAAACAACACUUGGCAGAAGUCACACUGAAUGUCAUUAGUAAGGUGGCUUUUGGAUCGGAUUUCUCUGGAAAAUGGGAUGAUGCAACUCUCGGCCUGAAAUGGGUCAAAGGAAAUGGGAAACUAACUUUUCUUGUUAGUCAUGCAUUUAAAGGUCUGCAAAAGAGCUUUGCUGGUGGCUUUGCCUAUGCGUAUCUUCAUCCGUUUGAAGUGAGAGGCUACAAGGAGACUAUUAGAGCUCUGAGGAAUGUUGGACGAGACUGCAUCAUGAAGAGAAUUAGAGCAGUGGAAGCUGGAGAGCAGAUCCCCAGAGACAUACUAUCCUCAAUCCUGCAAGUCGCCUCUACCAAGGAGUCUGUGGACAUUGAAGAUUUGGUGGACGAUUUCGUCACCUUCUAUGUGGCAGGACAAGAGACCUCUGGUACUUUGCUAUCGUUUGCCACUGCUCUGAUUCAUCAACAUCCUGAUGUUUUGUGUCGACUCCAAGCUGAAGUAGAGGAGGUCCUUGAAGGACGAACUGAAGUGACUAACGAAGAUCUGGAGAAGCUACAAUAUACUGAGCAGGUUCUGUUAGAGGUUCUGCGGCUGUACCCUCCUGCUUUCGGGGUAACCAAAGAAGCCAUGGAGGGUGGUAUUCAGCUCGGGGAGUACUUCAUCCCGGGAGGAACAUCGUUAUUUCUGCAAAUAUCAAUGAUGUCCAGGCUACCCCAGUACUUUGACGAUCCUGAUAGUUUUAAUCCCGCCAGAUUCAACCCAGAGAACAAACAACCCAGUUCGUUUGUCUACUUUCCGUUCAGUCUCGGCCAUCGCUCUUGUAUUGGGAAACAAUUUGCUCUGAUGGAGACUAAGCUGAUCCUGGCCAGAUUGGUGCAGACCUUCCGCUUUACUCUUCCUCCGGACUACAAGCUGGUCGCUGUGCAGAGAACAACACUGCAACCUAAAGAUGAUGUACCUUGCACUGUCACUCCCACAAUCCCACUUGGAUUUAAUAAAUAAAGAUGGAAACGAUAAUUAUUUAUAGCUGCUUGCAACAUUAUUUUUACAAACCCUUUGUAUAUAUCCUAGUCAGAUUCAUAUAUAUAUGGCUCGUGUCGUUUAUAAUUGUGUUUUUCAUAAAUUACUUGCACAGUUCACAUGAUUACUGUACGAACAA